AUACAAUUUCAGAGUACAUUCUUGCAAAUAUUGUAACAACUAUGACCAAUUUAUUCCACGAUAUUGUCAUUCGCCACAACUGAGUAAUCAUCGUUGUGUAUUUGAAUCGUUUAGGAUUGUUGAAUAGGUUUUUUUUUUAAUACUAAUAUUGAAGUUAUAUUUCUUGUACAUUGAACGUGCAUGCUAUUGUUUGUCUUAUCGGCUAUUACUUUUAAUUUACUAUGAAUAAUUGUGAUUAUGAAGAAAUAAAAACAAAUGAAGGGAAAGAAGCUGAGAAUAAUAAGUUGUGGAGGAAACCAUUAUUUCGUCAGGUGCUGGUAUGCAGUGCAAUAUGGAUAAAUUUCUUUUACGCCGGCCUGUCCCUGGGGGCACCGACAGUGUUCAUACCACAAAUAAGACAAAAUGAGGAAUCCUUCGGCUCCAUCAACACUGAGAUGGCAACGUGGCUAACUUCUAUUCUGGGCUUCGGAUCAGCGAUAUGGAUUCCUGUUUUAUCCGUAUCGUCACAAGCCUUAGGACGAAGGAUACCAUACAUAGUAAUAUGUGUUUUGUGUCUUAUUGCAUCUAUCCUAUUAUAUUAUAGUAGAACUGUAAUCCACAUUUUAGUAAGUGAAUUAAUUGCAAGUACGUCAUUCAGCGCCCAGAUAAUAUUACUCAUAUUGAUUUUCUCUGAGUAUACAUCACCUCAGUAUAGAGGAGUGUUUCUAACAUUAAAAUCUGCUACAUUUUCUUGGGGAGUCUGGGUGUCCAAUGCGAUUGGGACAUACUUUUAUUGGAAAAAUAUUGCUUUACUGGAAAUAAUUUGUUCACUGUAUACUAUUAUAGUUGCAUUUAUUAUCCCAGAGUCUCCUCUCUGGUUAGCAUAUAAAGGUAAAUUUGAAGAGUGUGAAAUAUCGCAUCGUUGGCUUAAAGGAACUGAUGAAGGAGCCGAGGAAGAACUUAAAGAAUUGAUCAAUUUUUAUAAAGAAAAUAAUAAUGCUAAUAACGAAACUGUAUGUAAAAUGGAUGAUGUUAAAUAUUUUAUUAUGAAUAUUAAAUCUAAAGAAAUAUAUAAACCCAUUCUAUUGUCUUUGCUUCUACAGUUGUUAUAUCACUGUACAGGUAAACUGAUGUGCAGUGUCUAUGUAUUGGAUAUUGUUAGAGAAAUAUGUAAUAGUGAAUCAAUGGCGUACAUGGCUAUGCUUAUAUUGGAUGGCAUAACAGUGGUAGGCAUGUACCUUGGCUGCGCACUGGCAAAAAUUUUAAAGAGAAAAACCUUAUUUAUUACCUCUACUUUCGUAGGUAUCAUAUUUUUAUUUUUAGUAUCAGCUUAUCUGUAUGCUGUAAAAUAUUCUAUAGUUUCAGAAAACAAAUUUGUGACGUUAGGUUUACUAAUGAUGUAUUCGCUUGGUAUUUCUUCAGGUGCCCUGAUAUUGUUAUUAACGAUUAUUGGUGAAAUGCUACCGUUGAAGUUUCGAAAUACAUGUAGUUGUAUAGUAGGUAUAAAUGAUACACUUUUAUUAGGUAUAUGUCUAAAAUUUUCACCAUAUGUAUUCGAUAUGUUAGGUUUACCUGCCGCUUUUCUCUUAUGCGCUGUAUUAACUUCUAUUUGCUUGUAUCUAGUCGGCUUAUAUAUACCAGAGACAAAGGAUAAGACGCUGCAGGAAAUAGCAUCAACUAUUUGUGGGAAAGAUGAUGUGAAACUCGAAGAAAUUAAUUAUAAUUUUGCCAAAAAUAAUGAAAAAUUAAUUGAGAAAUAAUAUUUUUAUAAGUAAUGUAAAUACUAAGUAUAAUUACUUUAAUUUUGGUAAUAUAUUAAUUAAAAUUCAUUUAUUACGUCAAAUUCAAACAAAUUUUAUUCAAUUAGAUUUGUUUACAAGCACAUUUAAAUCGUAAUUUUUUAUGAAUUCGGAAAGUUGUUAUCUGUUAAGAAAAGCUCGUAAGAAACUCAACAAUUACUCUUUUAAAUCUCUAUUAACAUUAUGUAAAUUUAUUUAAAUGUACUAUGUCUAAAAUUACAUGGUCAUUGAAAAGCCCGUGCUUGAUCGACUAAGACCAUGCACGGUUGUCGUUCAAGUAAUCGUUUAGUGUGUAAUAAGGCUUGUUCAAUAUAUAUAUAUAUAUUUUUAUAAUAACAGUUUUAAAUUUAUUAAAAGGUAGAUCCAAAAUAUCCAUCGGUAUCUUUUAAUAAUAUUCAAUGCUCAUUCUUAUAAAAAACAUAUUCACUUUUUCUAAACUAUCGUUUGGAACUGCAACUUUGAAUUUGUAUCUAGUGUUAAGAUUAUUAGGCUUCCUAUUUUUAAGAAACAGAUGGUGUUUCCUGUAUAUACACAAAAUGUUUGCAUUUAUGUAUAACAAAGUUACGGUAAGAAUAUUUGCUUUUUUAAAUUUCUCUCUCAGUGUUUCAUUUUUCAUUGAAUAAAUCGCGCGAAUUGUACAUUUUUGUAAUACAAAUAUGCUUAAUAUAUGGAUGUCGGCUGCAUUAUCCCAUAAUAAUAUUUCAUAUAGACAGUAUACUAUGAAGGUAUGUAAAAUAAAUUGCUCUCAGCAAUAACACCGUCUUACUGUACUUAUACAAUUGUAUCGUUGAGUUUGUAAAUUGUCUUGCUUAUUCCCUAUAUUGUAUAAUGCUAAAUAAAGUAUACUCAUUCAUUCAUUCAUUCAAUAAACGGAUCUGGCAGUCUCAAU